AUGUCGCACCCCGUGGAGAAGCAGGUGGUGACCGUUGCUGUGGACGGGGAACGUGUAAGCCAAGAAGUCUACGUGGAUGCUUCCACUGGAUUGGACGUUGACGCUCAAACUGGCGUGUUCCGCACUCGGGCAGAGACGGAGGAACUAAUACGAGAGGUCUACCGCGUAGCCCGGGACGCCCUCCCACGAGAGCUGGAGCGGUACAACACGUGGAUGCGAGGAGGCGCUCGUGCCGACCUCUCCCACUCAUCCCCGCAGCACACUCCUCCCGCUGUGGUGGGAGCGGGUACUUCAGCUGGUGUCCUGACGAAACCAGGCAAAGCCGAGGAAUACAGGGCACGGGGUAACGACGCAAUGAGGCAGGGUGAAUUACGGAAGGCCCUUCGUUGCUAUAGUGAGGCCCUACAAUGUGAACCUGCGUCAAGCACCCUGUGGUCGAAUAGGGCGGCUGCGAUGAUUCGGCUUGGUAGGGGUGACGCUGCCUUGUCAGAUGCAGAAAAAGCGAUUUCUCUUGACCCGACGAACGUCAAGGCAUACUAUCGAAAAGCUUCCGCCUUAUCAUUGCUUGGCGCACGAGCCGCGGCUGCUUGCUGCGUUAAGGACAGUGUGAAACAAUUUGGCACGGACGUGGCAUGGGAAUCCCUUGAUCGCCGUAUUGCAUCGAUGGCCACGGCCGUUUUGGUGGAUCACCGCUGGGUCUGUAGCGAAGCUGUGGAAGAGGGUGAAGAGCUUUGUACGUUGCAGGGGAUAAAGUUGCCUAGCGUGGAUCCGUCCGAGGUCUUGCGUCUGUGGGCGAAGGACGGUGUUCCUUCCGCUGCCUUGACAGAGGAAGCGGUCUAUUAUGCUGCCCGUGGUUCUCAGCCUUCGCUUGAACCAUACGAGGGUGUACUGACGGCACAAAGGCUUUCUGAUAUGUGUACGGACGCAGACCCUGAGCUUGCCGCGGUGUCGCGAUUGGCUGACCUUCUUCGCUGGAGCUGCCUCUUAUUAGGCUCCGCGGAUGCACGGGCACCGAUAGAUGCCAGGCCGUGGUUGGAACACAUUUUCGGUGACGGAUUUGUAUUCCUGGGGGCGUCCUUGUUCGCCUCACCUACGCCCGAGGCCAACGUCUCUCUUUGCUUUGAUGCGACGUCCCAUGUGCUUCGCGUCUUCGCACGCAGACGCAUUGGGCAAUAUGAAACCCUUACUUCCCUGAGCGCGCCGUGCCCUUGA